GCUGGGGCGAGACCUGGCCCGACGGCUCCGGUCACUAUGAGUGAAACAUCUUUCAACCUAAUAUCAGAAAAAUGUGACAUUCUAUCAAUUCUUCGGGAUCAUCCUGAAAACAGGAUUUACCAGAGGAAAAUCCAGGAACUCAGCAAAAGGUUCACCGCGAUCCGCAAGACCAAGGGGGAUGGGAACUGCUUCUACCGGGCCUUGGGCUAUUCCUACCUGGAGUCCCUGCUGGGGAAGAGCAGGGAGGUCCUCAAGUUCAAAGAACGUGUCCUGCAGACCCCAAAUGACCUUCUGGCUGCUGGUUUUGAGGAGCACAAGUUCCGAAACUUCUUUAAUGCUUUUUACAGUGUGGUAGAGCUGGUAGAGAAGGACGGGUCAGUGUCCAGCCUGCUGAAGGUGUUCAACGACCAGAGCGCCUCGGACCAAAUCGUGCAGUUUUUGCGCCUGCUCACCUCAGCCUUCAUCAAGAACCGCGCGGAAUUCUUCCGACACUUCAUUGAUGAGGAGAUGGACAUCAAGGACUUCUGUACUCAUGAAGUGGAGCCCAUGGCCAUGGAGUGUGACCACAUCCAGAUCACAGCCCUGUCUCAGGCACUGAACAUCGCCCUGCAGGUGGAGUAUGUGGAUGAGAUGGACACAGCCCUGAACCACCACGUGUUCCCCGAGGCUGCCACCCCUUCCGUUUACCUGCUCUAUAAAACAUCCCACUACAACAUCCUUUAUGCAGCCGAUAAACGUUGAUUAAUUAUAGGCCAUGCGGUGGAGCCUGUCACCUAAAAGGACUGCAUUUUAAAUGGAACAUUCCGGCUUUUCAAUUUUUUAAGCAACUUAAACUAUAAUUAGAAAAUGUACAGUCUUUUGGGCAAAAUCACUGGGAAGGAGGCCUACCCAUUAUGGACUGUGGUA